CAUGAAACGUGCACCAAGCCUGUGUAAGGGGCACUUGGUUUACUACGCAUGCGCCCAAUUUAUUGUUCGCUUCAGGGAAGGAAACAUGGCGGCGUCCCUGAUUUGUGGCCGAUUUUCGGCUAGCCUGAGAAAUUCUGGGGCCAGAUCGACACUUACCACUGCAUCCAAGGUGCUGGGUGGUUCCUCUGGACUGCUUGGGCCUCAGCAACAGUCCCCCCACCUGCAGCAGCAGCAGAGGAACCUCUCCCUGCACGAGUACAUGAGCAUCGGUCUGCUCAAAGAGGCUGGCGUCUGUGUGCCCGAGGGCAAGGUGGCCAGCUCACCCGAUGAGGCCUACUCUGUUGCCAAGGAGAUUGGCACCAAGGAUCUGGUGGUGAAGGCCCAGGUGUUGGCUGGAGGCCGAGGCAAAGGCACAUUCGAAGGAGGCCUGAAGGGAGGAGUGAAGAUUGUUUACUCGCCAGAGGAGGCCCGGGACAUCUCCUCUCAGAUGAUUGGCCGUAAGCUGUACACCAAGCAGACAGGCGAGCAGGGCCGUAUCUGUAACCAGGUGUUCAUCUGUGAGCGCAGGUACCCCCGCAGGGAGUACUACUUUGCCAUCACCAUGGAGAGAUCCUUCCAGGGCCCCGUGUUGAUUGGCAGCUCUCAGGGGGGUGUGAACAUUGAGGAUGUGGCGGCGGAGAAUCCCGACGCCAUUGUGAAGGAGCCAAUCGACAUCAUGGAUGGAAUCAAGAUGGAACAGGCGGUUUCGAUUGCCACGAAGAUGGGCUUCCCUGCUGCUCUGAUCGGCGACGCAGCGGCUAACAUAAUCAAGCUGUACAACGUCUUCAUGAAGUACGAUGCCUCCAUGCUAGAGAUCAACCCCAUGGUGGAGGACGCCUCUGGCCAGGUGAUGUGCAUGGACGCCAAGAUAAACUUUGACUCCAACGCGGCGUAUCGCCAGAAGAAGGUGUUUGACAUGCAGGACUGGACCCAGGAGGAUGCCAGGGACCGACAGGCAGCCAAGGCUGACCUAAACUACAUCGGCCUGGAUGGAUCCAUCGGCUGUCUGGUAAAUGGGGCUGGUCUUGCCAUGGCCACCAUGGACAUCAUCAAGCUGCAUGGUGGCACUCCCGCCAACUUCCUGGACGUGGGGGGCGGAGCUACAGCCCACCAGGUGAUGGAGGCCUUCAAACUUAUCACCUCCGACAGGAAGGUGCAGGCCAUCCUGGUGAACAUCUUCGGUGGCAUCAUGAGGUGUGACAUCAUUGCUCAGGGCAUCAUCAUGGCUGUUACAGACUUGGACCUGAAGAUCCCCAUUGUGGUACGGUUACAAGGAUCUAGAGUGGACGAUGCCAAAGCUUUGAUCGCUGCUAGCCCACUGAAGCUCCUGGCCUGUGACGAUCUGGACGAGGCCGCUAGAAUGGUUGUAAAGCUUUCUGAGAUUGUGUCGUUGGCUCAGGAGGCUCAUGUGGACAUCUCCUUCCAGCUGCCACUCUAAGCCACGCCCCCUAAACCUCGACACCCCACCCCCAACCUUUCGAACAGCAAGAAGAGCCUCUCACUACUGAGCGAAUACUCCAAUACAACACGGCCCACCAACUUCUCUGUUAGUUCUGAUUCUCUCUCUGUGGCAAGGCUCCAAAAUACACAUGUGCAUACACACCACUAAUGUGGGAAUUUCUGCUCUCCUAAUCUCAACUUUCCUCCCUCUCUGUUUUGUUAUGUAUGCCAUGGCUAGUGUGUAUUGUCUGUUCAAAUGCAACACAUUAACAUGCUUUUUAGAUCAGACACGGGGGCGUUCCUUCAGAUUAUUCCAUUAUUACUCGCUCUGUUUUCACAAUGAUUCCUAGUUACUUCCUCUUCCCUCACCUCUCUCCUUCAGCUCCCAGAAUGCCUAGCUCUAGUCAUAAUGCACAACCCCCCCAACCUUGCUCGUUUCUUUGAGAGGGUGAUAGACCUAUCUAUUUACCGGUACAUUUUGGGAGAAUAUCUGCUGUCUGUAAAGGUACAGCUAAUUCCCCUUAGGCUCCAUUCUCCUGGAUCACUUGGCUAGAGAGAGUUAUGUCGCUGUCAGUCAUAGUCCUCUCCCCUUUAAAUCUCUUCCAUCUGCCCCUACAGGAGAGGCUUUUACUGAGUGCUUCUGAGAAUGGGAGAUGAGAUGGGGAAGUUGGCCACUAUGCAGAAUGUAGCUCAUCAGAAGCUAGGGGAUAACACUUGAGCUUAUACAUUGCUGUUAGCAGGACCUCUUUAUGUCACUCAUUUAAUUUCCAUGCAAUUUUGAAUGCAUAGUUGGAUAAAAGCUUUCUAGUACUCUCGUUUUGAACUAGUAAGAGUUCAAUUCUUUGUGUGUGUUAUCAAAACUACUGCCUAUCUGGUUGUCAGCAUGUUUGUAUUUGUCUCUUCCUUCCCCUUACUCUCCCCUAUAAGAGCCUGCUACAGUGUGUGUAGUCUGCCACUAUGUCAUGGGGAAAACCUUUUUCACUUCAUAUGACAACACAAAUGGGUGUGUGCAGUGUCCUCUCAACUAAACUGUUAAAAGAUUGUAAUUAAGUCCUCUCCAUAUCUCUUUCUCUCCAUUUCUAUCUCUGUUACUCCCUAGCCCUCAGAACACAGAAACAGUUAUUGUGAGUUGUCAAGACAUUUAUUAUAUCUUGUAAAUAACGAGACCGCCGUUAUCUUCUGUAAAAUAUUUAUGCUUCUCUUGGGGAGUAAAAAAAAGAAAAAAGAAAAAAGAAAUGUUUGUUUUAGUUUUGUUGCACUUGUACGGUACUUACAGUGUGAAAGUUGUCUGCAUCUCGUAUAGGCUGUUUGGCAACAAAUGACAACAAAAGCAACAGAGGAAUUCCUAAAGCACAAAUAAAUAUAGACCAGGCUCAUGUGAUGCCAAAUUAGGUUCUAUACUGUGAGACAUUCG